GCCCUAUUUAAACUCUUCACUUGUUGUGAAUUGGCCACAAAGGUCUUCAAGUCUUAAACCUCCCUUCUCAACUCUAUUAGUAGUUUAGUUAGCCAUCUCUACUUCAAUGAGUUAACAUCUUGAUAAAAAACCUCUUCUCUUGUCUUCUACUUCAAUAUUGUCAAAUGAUUUUUAGUCAACAUUCAUGCAGUGCAUCCAAUUGAGAGAUUCCAUGGUGGAUGACCAAUCUACAUCCAUUAAACUCAUCUUUGUGACAUCCUUAGAUGAAAACCAUAACAGAUCUUAUAGGAAUGGACUUUGUGAGAAAUUGAAACACUCUCAGUCUAAAUGGAGUGUUAGUCUUCAUUACCGCUUCUUCAAUGUAGUUGAAAGACUUGGAGGGAAAAAAAAUGAAAAUCAAGCUUAUGGUGUUAAGCUUUGUGAUAAAUUGAAACACCCUCCGUCUGGGUGGAGUGCCUGUUUUCAUCACCCCUUCUUCAAUGUAGUUGAAAGACUUGGAGGGAAAAAAGAUGAAAAUCAAGCUUAUGGUGUUAAGCUUUGUGAUAAAUUGAAACACCCUCUAUCCGAGUGGAGUGCCUGUUUUCAUCACCCCUUCUUCAAUGUAGUUGAAAGACUUGGAGGGAAAAAAGAUGAAAAUCAAGCUUAUGGUCUUAAGCUUUGUGAGAAACUGAAACACCCUCAGUCCGAGUGGAGUGCCUGUUUUCAUCACCCCUUCUUCAAUGUAGUUGAAAGACUUGGAGGGAAAAAAGGAGAAUGUAACAUAUCUUUUGCUAAUAUCACCCUUAGUUUAGAGGGAGAGUUUUUUAGUGAACUUAGUUUCUAUUUAACAUUAUAA